UCCUCAAACGAGAAGGCUUAUCUAGAUUUAGAUGCCAAUGUACAUAACCACCAAACUGAAACAGCAGGAACUCCACUGUGCGGCGGGAGAGGAGCCGUCAUGGCCAGCCUGAAGCUCCCUUACUACUAUCUUCAAAAUGCCCGCGAAUCGAAUUCCAUGCUCUCUUUUCCCACUACAGUCAUAAGCACAAAAUUUUCUCUUCCAUUUGCCACGGGUUAUAGGGAUUGUGCAAGCUCGGUAAUUAGCACUGUUUCUCUAAUUUACCAUAGUGGCUUGUACUGCCGGUGGUCUAAUACAAAGAGAGUAAGGGGAGAAUGGUUCACUACAAGAGCACAGCCCAUGGCUGAGGAACUAUUAGAAGAUAUUUCCGUGGAUCUUCCAACCAGUGGCAACUCUAUACGCCAGAGAUUCCUCAACUUCUAUGCUGCUAGAGGUCACAAGGUGCUUCCAAGUUCGUCUCUUGUGCCAGAUGAUCCUACUGUUCUAUUGACAAUUGCAGGAAUGCUUCAGUUCAAGCCCAUCUUCCUUGGGAAGGCACCAAGGGAAGUGCCUUGUGCCGCUACCUCUCAAAGAUGCAUACGUACAAAUGACAUUGAGAAUGUGGGUCGAACUUCUAGACACCAUACCUUCUUUGAAAUGCUUGGGAAUUUUAGUUUUGGAGAUUAUUUCAAGGAGGAAGCAAUCCGAUGGGCCUGGGAGCUUUCAAUAUCAGAAUAUGGACUCGCAGCUGAUAGAUUAUGGAUUAGUGUUUAUGAAGACGAUGAUGAAACUUUUGCAAUAUGGCACAAUGUGAUAGGCGUUCCUGAAGAUCGAAUAAAAAGACUAGGUGAAGAGGACAACUUUUGGACCAGUGGAAUAACUGGUCCUUGUGGUCCAUGCUCUGAAAUUUAUUAUGAUUUCCAUCCUGAGAGGGGAUCUGAAGAUGCUGAUCUUGGAGAUGACUCAAGAUUUAUAGAGUUCUACAACCUUGUAUUUAUGCAAUACAACAAAAAAGAUGACGGUUCACUCGAACCUUUAAAACAAAAGAACAUAGAUACGGGACUUGGCUUGGAGAGGAUGGCUCGCAUUCUGCAGAAGGUACCAAACAAUUAUGAGACUGACGUAAUCUUUCCCAUCAUAGAGAAGGCUUCAGAAUUGGCAAAUGUCUCAUAUGCACUUGCAGAUGAACCUACAAAAACCAAGCUUAAAGUCAUUGGGGACCACAUGCGUGCAAUUGUAUUUUUAAUAUCAGAUGGAGUUGUCCCAUCAAAUAUUGGAAGAGGAUAUGUGGCUCGGCGUCUCAUUAGAAGGGCUGUUCGAACUGGCAGGUUGCUUGGUAUAAAAGGUGAUGGGACAGGCAACGUUGAAGGAGCUUUUUUGCCAAUCCUAGCUGAGAAAGUAAUAGAGUUAAGCACCCAAAUAGAUCCUGAUCUGAAGAUAAAAUCGUCUCGUAUUGUUGACGAAUUAAAAAGAGAGGAACUUCGUUUUGUACUCACACUAGAAAGGGGAGAAAAGCUUCUUGAGCAGAUGUUAGCAGAUGCAGUAUCAAAUUCUCAAGGAACUGGAAAUGUUCCCUGUAUAUCUGGCAAGGAUGCAUUUCUUUUGUAUGACACAUAUGGAUUUCCAGUGGAGAUAACCAAUGAAGUUGCUAAUGAACUUGGUGUUGGUGUAGAUAUGAAAAGCUUUGAUACAGAAAUGGAGAAACAAAGACGCCAAUCUCAAGCUGCACAUAAUACUGUAAAACUCAUGGUUGAAAAUGGUGCAAAUCUAACAGAGAGUGUUCCUGAUACUGAAUUUCUUGGUUAUAAUACCCUUUCUGCCAAGGCAGUGGUUGAGGGUUUGCUGGUAAGGGGCAGUCCUGUGUCAUGUGUCUCUGAAGGAAGUGAAGUGGACAUUUUUCUUGACAAAACCCCAUUUUAUGCUGAAUCAGGAGGUCAAAUUGGAGAUCGUGGUUACCUGUAUGUCAUGGAGGACGGAAACCAUCCAAAAGCUGUCAUAGAAAUUAAAGAUGUCCAGAAAUCUCUUGAUAGCGUAUUUGUACACAAAGGAACUAUUACGGAAGGUACAGUGGAGGUUGGUGGAGAAGUAGAAGCUGCAGUAGAUGCAAAGCUAAGACAGGGAGCUAAGGUUCAUCAUACUGCUACUCAUUUGCUCCAAUCAGCUCUUAAAAGAGUAAUAGGCCAGGAAACAUCUCAGGCUGGCUCAUUGGUGGCUUUUGACCGUCUUAGGUUUGAUUUCAACUUCCAUAGACCUUUACAAGACAAUGAGCUCAUGGAAAUUGAAAGACUAAUCAACACAUGGAUUGGAGAAGCAAUAUUUUUGGAAACCAAAGUCAUGUCCUUGACUGAUGCAAAAAGAGCUGGAGCUAUUGCUAUGUUUGGAGAAAAAUAUGGAGAACAGGUGCGCGUGGUCGACGUCCCUGGUGUGUCAAUGGAAUUAUGUGGUGGCACUCAUGUCAGUAAUACUUCUGAAAUACGUGGCUUCAAAAUAAUUUCUGAACAGGGAAUUGCAUCUGGAACCAGGCGCAUUGAAGCCGUUGCUGGUGAUGCUUUUAUAGAGUAUGUCGUUGCCAGAGAUAACUAUAUGAAGCAGCUAUGUUCCUCUCUCAAAGUUAAAGCAGAAGAAGUUCCAACCAGGGUGGAAGCUCUUAUGGGAGAGUUACGCGCUGCAAGAAAUGAAGUUUCAGCUGCACGUGCAAAAGCUGCUAUCUACAAAGCAUCAGCAGUUGCUAACAGGGCAUUUACCGUUGGAACUUCAAAAAAGAUUAGGAUGGUAGUUGAGUGCAUGGAAGAUAUUGAUGCAGAUUCUCUUAAGAGUGCUGCAGAAUAUUUGGUAGAUUUCUUACAAGAUCCAGCUGCCGUGAUCCUAGGCUCAUGCCCUAGUGAAGAGAAGGUCAGUCUGGUUGUUGCUUUAACCCCGGGAGUAGUAGAUCUUGGAAUUAAAGCAGGUGAAAUAAUAAAGCCUAUAGCUAAAUUGUGUGGUGGAGGAGGGGGCGGCAGACCUAAUUUUGCACAGGCAGGUGGAAAGAAGCCAGAGAAUUUGGUGGGUGCGCUGGAAGAAGCUAGAAAAGACAUAACAAGGCAGCUUGAAAAAUGAGAGUAGAAGUAUCCACAUUCAUGCAGGAGGAUGAAGAUGAUUGCGAUUCCAAUACUACUAAUCUGAACUGAACUGACGUUUAAGAUAAAUGGAACGCAAAAAGCAAAUGAUAAUAGUGGUGGUGGUGGUGGAUGGAAUCAGGGAAUAGGUAGGUUAUAGGUAGGUAGCCGACGUUGCGCAUCACCGAUGGAGGUGUAGCCCUUUUCUUAGUAUCCUGAAUCUGUUGGCGGGGCUUCAUGUAAAAUCUUGUACAUGAUAUUAUUAUUAUUAUUAUUGCAAAUAUGCUUAAACCGAAACACAAAUUAACGCAGCCAGCCAGCGCGCUAGUAUUUAUUUCAGCAGUAGGGGUGGUGUUUAUCAAGUAUUGUAUUGUAUCGUAUACAUAAUUAAUAAUUAAUUAGUUGCAAACCAUAUGUGUCAAUGUG